AUGUCUGAACUGCAUGAACUUUGCCAGCUCAAAAGACCAAUAACAAAAGGCCAUCUCGAGAAACUCAAAGAGUACCUGGCUGCUGGAAUUCCGGCCACAUAUACGCUUGAGGAGGUGGAUCAGUUUGAGAGGGGAGUUGAUGAGGAGCUUCCGUCUACCACUACUCCAUUACAUCUAAUCUGUGAAAAUGUCUCGCACGAUUUUACGCCUGAAGAGGAGGAAAUUGUGAUUUCGAUGAUUGAUGAGCUCUUUUUGAAUGGGGCUGGCUGGUGUUUAAUCAAUGCGAAAAACGAGACACCAGGUUGUGUAUUGGAAAGACGAGGCUUUCAUGGAUCGAAAUAUUGGGAGCAGAUAGUUUCUGCUGGUGUUCGUGCUGAAGUGCUUCUUCGACACAUGGAAUCCAAUAUUGAGUUUAUUGAGGAAGACGAAGUGGCCGAUUACGAUAAAGAGCCGGCAAAGCAAGAACAACAGGAGGGAAAAGAAAAGGAACACGAUCCUGCUGGAGACAGUGACACAUUUUUAAAGACCAAGUUAAAGUACACUGACGACGCAUUGCUAACUGAUAGAAAAGACGGAGUGAUGAUGCAAUGGGAAGAGAAAUUGAUGAAGGCCGGGUGUGAGUCCUUGUUUAAAAGCGUUGAGGACCCAAACAACGUGGUGGUUCUAAAUAUUGGAUUUGGUAUGGGAAUAAUAGACAGCAUGAUCCAAAACAAAAAUCCAACUAAACACUACAUUUGUGAGGCUCAUCCUGAUGUGCUUGACAAAAUGCAAAGAGAUGGCUGGAUGGACAAGAAUAAUGUGGUGGUGUUAAAAGGCAAAUGGCAGGACACUCUGCCACCACUCCUGAACGAGGGAGUGUUUUUCGAUGGGAUUUAUUUUGAUACAUUCAGCGAGCAGUACUCUGACAUGCUGGAGCUGUACGACCUUCUUGUGGGAUUGCUGAAGCCAGAAGGCACAUUUUCUUUCUUUAAUGGCUUGGGAGCAGACAGAUUGGUGUGCUACGAAGUCUAUAAGCGUGUUGUGGAGCUGGAUUUGGAAAACUAUGGACUCAAGACGGAAUUUACUGAGAUUGAGGUGCCGAAAACCACCAAUCCAGACGCAAAGGAUAGCGUUUGGGCAGACAUCUACCGCCCGUAUUGGACGUGUCCUGUGUACUAUCAUCCCGAGGCGAAGUUUAUGUAG